UUGGGGGCUUUCUUCAUUGGAGAAGUCAAGUUCUAGCGGGGAAGUCAAAAUGAAGUCAACUGUUAGUUUGGCUUUAUUUGGCUUUGUGCUCGCUGUCGGUUUUUCAGUCGCAACAACUGAAAAUGCGUUGACCAGAAUGGCAGAUGCAUUUGAAGCAGAAAAACCUCGAGGUGAAGAAUACAUGAUAGAUAAUGAUGGUGAGCUCGAUGCGGAUGACCUAGAUGACGAUGAUGAGGCAAUUCCUAAAAGCGGAUACGACAUGAAAGCGAACGAUGGAGAGUUCGACGAGGAAGACCUAGAGGACGCGGAUAUGACAAUCCCUGCAAUGUACGUCGAGAAAGAGGAUGAGGAUGAGGAUCCGGCAAUCCUUACAAGGCACGUUGA